GUAGUUUUGAACCGUCAUCCAACUCGGAAUUCCAAAUCGGGGAACUCUAACCUCUUUCUAAACCUACAGCUCAGACUUUCCGUCAUGAAGAUCACAGACGUCAUGAUUUUACCUCGUUUUUCCCGAUUUCCAUUUUUAUUUUUAUUUUUUAUUUUUUCCCCCCCGAUUUCCAGUUGUCUUGAAAGCUAGCUCUUUGGUGUCGUCAGGAUUACGCAUGUGCCCGCUGCUGCUGACACGACAGAAAACAUGGCGCUCGAGGAACCAAAUGGAGAUUUUCCAUAUUUACCUUCAGGGGUGGCGGAGGUAAACAAAAUGAUAAAGGAGAAUGGUGACCUGUUUUCUGAUGCCCUGUGCAAAAUCUGCAGUGCUGUCCUGAAUUCUGACUCCCAGAAACUUGCACAUUAUCAGAGCAAAAAGCAUGCCAACAAAGUGAGACGCUACAUGAGCAUCCACAAAGAAGAGGAGCCCACCAUCAAAAGGUUCAAGUCGCCUUCGGGAGACAGUGCCAGCAGUAAUGGCGAGACGGACCGCUCCAAAGCCUGUCAUAUAUGUAACAUGACUUUCUCCUCUCCGGUGGUGGCUGAGUCCCACUACCAGGGCAAGGUGCACACCAAGAACCUGAGACUGAAGACCUUUGGCAACCAGACCCCAGUAGCACUACCUCAGGCUGUGGCCCCAGUGGUGAAAAAGAAGAAGAAGAAGAAGGAGGCUCAGUCAGAGGAGGCUAGCAACGUGGCAUCGUCAGGCCCGGCCGAGGACGACCAAGGCAACUUCUGUUCCAUCUGCCAUGCCUCGUUCAACAACCCCCUCAUGGCCAAGCAGCACUACGAAGGCAAGAAGCAUAAAAAACAGCUGACCCAGCAGAAGCUUAUGGAGACCUAUGGGCCAUCCACUGCACCAGCUUCCACAGUAAAGGGCUACCCAUGUACUGUAUGCAACAUCGAACUGAACUCUGUGGAACAGUAUCAGGCACACAUCAGCGGCUCCAAACAUAAGAACCAUGUCAGAGGGAAGAAAGUGAGCAGCCCGAUGUUCAUCGGCCAAUCGGAAAACAAGUACACAGCAGAAAACCAGCAGUCAGAGUACCAGUAUACACCUGAAGCCGAACCAGUACAGGAGGACUGGGGUGCUUUCAGCCAAGAUUACGAGUGACGAGCCUCCCAGUACCCCCCACCAACACCACAGUUCCCUCAGCUAGGGCCAGAAGGAUCACCUGACCAGGAAAAGCUCUAGGUCCUUGUUACAAUACAGGUUACAACUAGGAUCCAGAGUUUUUUUCUUUCUUUUUUUCUGUUCAUGUCAGGAAAAAUCCCUGGACAGAGGGCAGCCUAUAUGUGGUGUUCUUUCUGUGGUGUUGUAUCUGCCUCAUGGAUAAAUCUCAACUCCAGCUCUAUCAUUCUGUCUACUCCAUGUCUAAAUCCCAGUACAUGUUCAAUACCGGUCAAAAGUUUUAGAACACCUACUCAUUCAAGGGAUUUUCUUUAUUUUUACUCUUUCUACAUUGUAGAAUAAUACUGAAGACAUCAACUAUGAAA